CAUGAAGACACAAGUUAUUGAGGGCAGCGGCGACGUGUGCCGCGCUCGCCGCCAUGUCGCACGGAAGGCCGCCACACCGCUGACUUCGCUCAACUUUGACAUUGACGACGAGGAAGUCGCAACUUGGAAAUAUUGCGCUCUCAUUACAAAAACCCUUGUUCCGCCAUCUUGACACUUGCGUUCGCGCGCUUUUUCAUGUCACCGUAUUUGUCAAGAGGAGACACGCUAUUUUUUAAUUCCUUAUUUCGGCGACUUUAAAAUACCGAUGAGUAAAAUAUUUUUUGCGACUUUUAUAAAAUGCAGAAACUUUAUUAACCCGUUAUAAUUUUUCAGUUCCUAUUUUAUUCAAAGUAAUUUAGUGGUUUUACCUUUUUUUUGUAAUUAAGUUAAGUAAAGAACAAAAUGUGUUUUAUUCCAACUGUGAACAUUUAUUUUGUGUGAUUGGUGUUUUGCAACCUUAGAAGGAUAUUUAUUUCAAAAAUGAAGAUGUCAGCUUGCCGCAAGGAGAGUGGUCGCGCGACGCUCGACGCGGCCGCGAUAAUGAAAGAGAAGAGCAAGAACGCGGCGCGCUCCCGCCGCGAGAAGGAGAACGCGGAGUUCCUCGAGCUGGCCAAACUGCUGCCGCUGCCUGCCGCCAUCACCUCGCAGCUCGACAAGGCCUCCGUCAUACGACUCACCACCUCCUACCUCAAGAUGCGGCAGGUCUUUCCUGACGGCCUGGGAGACGCGUGGGGCGCGGCGCCGCCGCCGCCGCAGCCCCGCGAGCUCUCCAUCCGGGAGCUCGGCUCGCACCUGCUGCAGACGCUCGACGGGUUCAUAUUCGUGGUGGCGCCCGACGGCAAGAUCAUGUACAUCAGCGAAACGGCGUCCGUACAUCUCGGGUUAAGUCAGGUGGAGCUGACCGGCAACUCGAUAUACGAGUACAUCCACCAGGCGGACCACGAGGAGAUGAACGCGGUGCUCAGCCUCCACCACCCGCACUCCUACCACGGCCACCAGUACCCGUCGCUCGGGUAUCCAGUGGGGGGCACGUGGGGGCCGACAGUCGACGUAGAGUGCGAGCGAGCUUUCUUUAUCAGAAUGAAAUGCGUGCUCGCCAAGAGAAACGCUGGCCUCACCACCUCCGGAUACAAGGUGAUCCACUGCUCGGGGUACCUGCGCGCGCGGCGGUUCGGCGAGGGCUCGGCGCCGCUGGGGCUGGUCGCGGUGGGGCACUCGCUGCCGCCCUCCGCCGUCACCGAGCUCAAGCUGCACUCCAACAUGUUCAUGUUCCGUGCCUCGCUCGACAUGCGGCUCAUAUUCUUAGACGCCAGAGUGGCGACGCUGACGGGGUACGAGCCGCAGGACCUGAUCGAGAAGACGCUGUACAACUUCAUCCACGGCACGGACGUGCUGCACAUGCGCUACUCGCACUGUACGCUGCUGACGAAGGGCCAGGUGACGUCGCGCUACUACCGGUUCCUGACCAAGUCCGGCGGCUGGGUGUGGAUGCAGAGCUACGCGACCAUCGUGCACAACUCGCGCUCCUCGCGCCCGCACUGCAUCGUCUCCGUCAACUACGUGCUCAGUGACAUCGAGGAGAAGCACCUGAUCCUGAACAUAGACCAAGUGCCGCCGAAGCUGGGGUGCGAGGCGCCGCUGGCGGCCGCGGCGGGCGGCACGCAGGCGCACCUCGCGCGAGACAAGCCCGCCGCCGCGCCGCACGACGCCGACUUCAGCGGCGACUCCACCGGCGCCUACUACCCCGAGUACUCGCUGCCCGUGCUGCCGCCCUACGACGCCGCCGACGACUACCAGCACAACGGGUACGACAUAUUCUACGAGACGUACCCCGAGCAGGACGUCCAGAACUACGUCGGCUACCCGCAGAACCAGCGGCCCUUCUCCGCGAGCUCCUCCUCGUGCAGCUCCAUCGAGGGCUCCGACGUCAACCAGUACAACUACACCAACCUGAUAUCGUUCUACCAGAACCAGAACGGUCGGCAGGUGGAGGGCAACUUCGCGGGCAACUUCGGCAAGGUGACGCCCAGCCCCGUGCAGGAGGGGUACACCAGCGUCAUCGUGGACAACACGCAGCAGUUCCACCACCACGGCGGCGGCGUCAACGAGUACGUGCACUGAUGCAGUCGGACCCUCCUCUCCCCACGCCGUUGUGGUCAUUUCAUUCUGUACAUGUGUUGUUGGCCAGGACUGUCGGUAAGCCGAGGUUUAUGGGAAACUAGACCACUAUUGUCCUCAUCCAGUUUUGUAAAUUGAUGCGGAAUUCUUGAUACUGAUUACGCGUUCUUGAUAGGUGUGUGACAAUUAACCCAACUUUACUGAAAAUUAUUGGCAAUAACAGCAUCAGACGUCCACCCACGAGGUAGAUAGAUGAGCUAAUUAAAGUCGCAGGAGGUCGCUGGAUGCGGGGCGCUCCAAUAGAUCUAUCUGGAAAUCUAUGGGAACGCCCAGCAAUAGACAUCCUGCGGCUGAUGAUGAAUGAUGAUUUAAAAUUAGGGAAAGUGGCCAUGGUUGAGUUUUUCCUUUCAUCGAUAAUUGCUUUGAUUUUUGUAAUUUUUAUAAUUAUGCCAAGGACCCGCGCCACAUCCUCACACGACGUCCUCUCUAGCUGCCUUCUGGAGGCUAUUUGAAUCCUCCGACUGUCCAAUUUAUGCUUUUAAAAAAGAGCUGGUUUCCGAUAUUUUAACUGAAUAUUUUCGUUGUGAAGUACAAACAUAUACAAUUAUUUGACCAGCAUCUUGGAGAUGUCUUGCAGCUGUAGAAGGAAUCCUGUUCAUGUCAACAAAUAUAAGUACAAUCAGCCACAAAACACACAUUAUAAACUUCAUAACGCUUCUAUUUGUUAAUUACAAUCGAAAUAUUAUUUUUUCUCUAAAGUAAAACCUUUAAAGUGGAUUUUAGUGCAGAAAUAACAUAAAACAAAAGUUUCAAGGCGUAUUAAAAUUUUGAAUUUGUUCAGCUACUUUUGUGGCUGACUAUAUUUAUGUUUAAUUCAUUAGGGUUCAGAUAGUGGCUUGUGCGUCACUAUACGCCAUUUUCAAUAAACGAUCCCAAUCGCUUUUUUCGAUCUCAAAAAUGGACCAAUCAGAACAAAGCUUUUUUGACAUACUUACAAAUGAGUUGUUUUAAUUGGUUCAUUCUCGGAUUCGGAUUGAAGAUUGAGAUUGGGAUCGGUUGUUCAAAAUGACUAAGAACGAUAUACUUAUUAUGGCUAAUCAUUUGGAAUAUAAAUGAUUCUUGACCAAUAAUAAAGCUCUUCUAUAAUUUACAAUUGGACACAGUAGUGCCAAAAUGUACUAAUUCACAGAUAAUCUAAAAAUAAGUUAAUGCGCAAUAAUCCAAAUGUAAUACUUUACUGUUCAACAAAACUCGCCAAGAUCUAUUUAUAUCCAACAUAAAAAAGUAUGUGAACCAAAUCAAUCAUGUUGAGUUUUCCUAACUUGGGCUUACACUAUUAUAAGUUAUAAUAUUUAAAUUAUUGUAAUCGUAGCGUUAACUCUGUUCGAAAACCUAACAAAUAAAUAAAUCUACACAAUUUUUAAUACAUAGAAAAAUCUAGAAACAAAUAAUUCACAAAUGUUGUUAACAAGUAGUUAGUACAUUUUGACAUAACUUGGUACAAUAAUGAAUUGUGUUUGAACUAUGCCCAAACUUGCCGAAUUGUGACGCCAAAAGUAAUUUAAUGAAUCUCAAAAAACGAUUCCUACGUAACGUUAUAACGUUAUUUGUAUAGUGUAAUAUAAGUUAUUCUAAAAGCUAUAUUAUAGUUGUAAAUAAAUAUAUAAAUUAGUAUAAUUUUUUUAAGCUGGAUUCUUAUACAAACACGUUUGUGUUACAAUAAAUCAAGAUUUUAUUUUAAAAUUUACGCAAAUUGAAACAUUCUAAAGAUCUGAAAAUAUUCAUCUGGUUUAAGUGUAAUGUAAAUAUAAAUGUUAGAUAUUAUAAAUAUAUAUUUAUUUUUAUCAAUGGGACCAAAAUUGAGAAGAUAAUGUUAAAUAAAUUUUACAAUAUAAUAAAUACGUAAACACUUUCAAACUUGGGUCCAUUGAUUUAAAUUAUAAUGUGUAAGUAAUUUGGUACUAUAAUAAACUUCAAUGUACUUUCUGUAGAAUUCUUAUAACCUCGUAUUCUAUAUAUGUAUGUAUAAUGGCCGGGUUUAGAGCGGGUUGGCUGAAUGAGCAUCGGAACUGAACAAAUUGAAAAAUAUAAAAAUUUAUAUUAUUUAUAUCAAGCUCAUAUCAUCGCACUCUAAAAUAAUGACCCAUUCCAAAAUUGCCAAUUUGUGGGAAUCGUCAAACAACCAAUUUCUGUUUGUAACCUCUUAGUUAUUUCCCAUUUUCAUGCUAUAGGUUUCAUUAUUUACCUCUCCUUAAUAAGCUAUAUAGCAACUUCUAAAAAAAGGUAGCAAACAAAAAUUAAUUUUCCUACGACUGCCAUAAAUUAAUUUUGAAAUAGGUCAUUAUUUUAUAUCAAGCUCAUAUCAUAUGUUUCAUCUUGUGUAACCCUUGCCUAUGUCUGAAUCCGCGCCUGCCGGCCUCGACGCCACAAUAUCAACGCAUAGACAAUAAUAGUGUAAAUACUAGUGAUAACUCUACGUACUAGGAUAUUUUUGACAAUUAAAAAGCGCGAGUAUCGAUUGACAAUUGAGUCGAACGUCACGCACUUCGGCUGUAUUACACUCUCAGAACCGAAAUCCAUAAACAAUAUGUUGUAAUUUUAUUUCAUGUAUAGAGAAAAAUCAAUCACUUGGAUAUUAAGCUUUAAUUUCAAUAAUGAAUAAAAAAAAAUUAGUUAAUAUACGUAUAAUAUACGAACCUUUUUUUUAUUUCUAUUCUAUGAGUAAAAUAUGCUAUGCGCAUUUGAGGAAUUUUGUUCCUUCCGUAUAUUUGGAAGACGAUCAAUUAUAAUUAUUUUAAAUAAAAUAUUUUUAAUCUUUAAUUUUAAGUAUGCGGCUAUGAGUUAUGACUGACACUAAGAUUAGUUUUUUUUAAUAUUGCCAAAAUCAUUCGAAAUAAUUGACGUAUUUUACUGGCCUAACAUAUUGCCUGUUUCUCUGACAUUCUACCUACAGCUUUUUGUUAUAGUUUAUUGUAUACAAUAUAUUUAAUAAUAACGAAUUGUGUAAAGACUUGUGAAUGCAGUGCCAUCGUCGGAGUCUCCUAGUCGGUAACUGUACGCAACGCUAUAAAUAACGCUACGGCGAUAACGUUAUUCGUUUACGUUAUUUAGUUUUUUUAUUUAGUCACGAUAUGUUACUGGAAAUAUCAAAAACACUAGGAAUUAUGAAUUGGAUAAAGCUUUGUAUGCAACAUUGAAUUAUGGACUGGUUUGGUACGCGGGGUUUUAAGGGCCAUCUUAGUAUUUAUCUUCCCUUGGAGGAACUAAUAGGGAACAGGUGAAGUUUAGUUUGAUGCUUCCAGUGUAAAUGAAUUAUUUGAUAUUUUCAAUAACGUACUGUAUGUUUUGCGGUAUAUUGUAUUGUACUUACGCGUGUACUCUGAUAGUUAUAGUUUGUAUUUGGGCGAUCGAAAUGAACAAACAAAUUGUGAUAUUCCAAACAUAUUACCUAUUUAUGAUAUGAAAUAAACAACUACGUAUUCA